CAACAACAACAGCAAAGAUGGCAGCCUCCAGGACCCUCACCAGACUACCGGGAUUAUUUCUUCAAUCAAGGACCUUAUAUACUAGUGCCGUUACCCGUAGGAAAGCCAUUAAACGUCCGGACAUGGAACUGAACGAGAGGUUGUGGCAGCUGGAGUUUCAUCAGAAGGAAAAAGGGAAAAUAUAUGACAAGAAGCCAUUUAAGAUCACACUGAAGCAGGGCAAGAAGUACCUAUGGUGUGCUUGUGGAAGCAGUAAAUCACAGCCUAUGUGUGAUGGGACUCACUUAAAUACACAGCUGAAGAUCAACCAGAAGCCCCUGGUAUUUGUAUCCCCGGAAACAAAGGAGGUGUGGUUGUGUAACUGUAAGCAGACUAGGAACCCUCCCUUCUGUGAUGGCACGCACCGCACUCAGGAUGUCCAAUUAGCGAUCAAGGAUUAAGGAUGUCUUGCAAUAGUAUCCUGUAUCUCAUUUAUUCAGGUCUUGUAAGUAGAAUUGUUCAAGUAAUUUAUUCAGAAAAAACACAGGUACUGUAAUGUUCUCCAGGUGUUCAUAUAAAUUAGCUGAGUCGAUCUGCUAUUAUUUAUUGACUUUAAUAUUUGAAUAUGUACUGUAAUGUUUAUUGUAAUACCAUAAUGUAUAAAAAAUAUAUUGUAAAUUGGAAUCAAGGAACAUAUGGCACUAUAUCAAUACUUGGAUGAAUACAAUUUUUCUUUUUUAAUUCAAUAUGUUCACGUGUAGGACACAAGCAAUGUACAGUAUAAAAAGAAUGAGAGGAAAAAUGUGUUAAUAUGGAACAGUUUAUGUAUAGUGUACACAGCAGUGUUAAAUAGGUUGCCUUCAUUUAUUUUUCUUCAGUAAAAGUGGGAAGAUGAAAUAGAUUCCUCAGGUUCAACCCUCUGUCUUUAUGUUCUUCCAUACAUUGAUAUAAGUUUUGUUUCCCAGACACCACUAACAAAUAUCAUGAUGUAGGUUUGUAAACAAAUUGAUAUAGAAUAAAAAAUAUGAAUUUUGCUUAAAAAUAAAACAAAUUUUGUUAUUACAUCCAAAGCAGGAGAAGGGUGUUCAUAAAGUCUUGGAACAGUUUUAACAUGUCCCCAUAGGAAAAAGUCCAAUGGGGACAAAUUCGAUGAGCGAGCUGGCCAAGCGAUUGGCCCACCUCUUCCGAUCCAUCUAUCCGGGAAAACUUCAUUUAAAAACUGUCGAACACAAGGAGCAAAGAUGCAAGGUGCACCAUCUUGCUGAAAAACUGCAUUGGCUGUAAGUCCUAAUGGCCUCAGUUAAGGAAUAAAGUAAUUCUGUAGCAUUUCCAAAUAACUCUCUCUGUUAACAUCUGUUCCUUCAAAAAAGAAAGGGUUAAUUAUGUAUGUUUUUCCUAGCACACAUCAGACGUUGACCUUAGGGUAAUCCCUUCAUGUUCCCAAACUUCUUGUGGUUUCUCUGACCCCCAAAUAAGGCAAUUACGUCGGUUGACCUUACCACUAAUGUGAAAUGUUGCUUCAUCACGAAACAUUAAAUUGUCAAGAAAUGGGACGUUAUUUUCAACUUCAUUAAAAUUGUGACAGAAAGCUAAUCUUGCAUGGUAGAGCUCUUCCAACAACAUUUGGUGGACUUGAAUCUUGUAAGGUCACUAAUUCAAUUUCACUUUGAAACUUUUGAUCACAGUUGUUUUAGGAACAUCUCGUUUCAGAGAAGCCCGUCUUAGUGAUUUUCGUGGACUGUUAGAAAGGCUUGCUCUACAGACCCCACAGUCUCCUCGUUUACUCCCGGUCUUCCAGUUCGUGGCUUGUCAUUAACGGAGUCCGUCUCUAAACUUCUUCAUCCAUCUUGUAAUUGAAUUUCUGUGCGUUGCUUCCUUCUUGUAAUGAGUCGUAAAUUUUCUUCUAACUGCUGUUACAGACUUUAACUUGGCUAACCAGAGGACAAUUCACCUUCUCUAUUAAAGCCAUUCAGUAUAGUAUUGGGGCAGAUUAGCUGGAAAAACAGGAAGAAAAAAUUUGAAUACAGUACUGUACUGUAUAUAAAUUUCUUUGUUCUUAAAAAAAAUAUUAAAUUAACUCCCCAAUGCAUUUUAUAGAUUGUUUUUAUCUCCUAUAGAACCUAAGUAAUUAAUAUUUUAAACUGCACCAGGACUUUACGGACACCCUGUAUAUUAGAGUAUUACUGUACUGCAUUAAGGUUGAUACUAACUAAUUUCCCUCUCAUGUACUUGAAAUACAAAUCCCAAAGACAGCAUUGUACAGUAAAGGUGUGUGUCUGCCAUGUUGACAUUUUCAUCACUUAAUAUAGUAGUAUUGAAUUAGAAAUGUUAAGAAGUUGUCUUAUGUUUUGUUGCUCCAAGACCAAUAGAUCUUCAAUUGUUUCAUUGAAAGUAAAAUUUAUUACUUAGCAUCAACAAUUAGAAUUCCUGAGUUUAUUAAUGCGGUGACGCCAGAUGUGAAUAUUUGUGUACAGUAUCUAGUUGUUUUAUUCUUGUAAUUGUUGUAAAUAAUUGCUGUUUGUAAAUAAACAUUUUUAUAAUUACA